AUGGAUUUUCUAUUAAGUGAUAGCGAAGAACUUGAUGAUGACAUGUUGAUUCUUUGCAGCGACUUAAAGAUACAAGUACCAACAAAAAAACAGAAGAUAUUACCGGUAACAUUGACUGACUUAGAAAAUAUCGAUAUUAAUAACUUACCAAUAGAAAUAGUUUCCGAGCCUCCAUCUCCGCCUUUGCUGGGUCUAUUGAGCACUCAAAACAUUCAGGAUACCAUACCUCUUUCGUCUGAACAGGUUACCGUAGUACAUUUGCAGCCAAGAGAAGAAUUGCAGCCUUUGUCUUCGUCUGUUGAGGUUUCACCGCCAUUAGAAGCGACACAACCACCUGAAAAUGACAUUGAAGAGACAUUCUUACCUUCAGUUCCAUCUACCUGUUUAAAUGAAGAAGUACAGCCGCUUUCCACGACUGCCGGAAAUUCACCGUCGCUAUUGGAGCAACUACCGUCUGACAGUGAGAUCGAAGAUAUAAAUUCUAAUAGAAAAAGGAAAUCGAAGUGA